GCCAAGCCUGGCGUCCACCCCAGUCUCUAAUUACCCCUCGCAUGCAGCAGGUUGCAUCAGAGGUGAUAUGCGUAGGACCCUUCGAGUUCCGUAAGGACUCGAGGGCAAGAUAAGGUGGACCAUGCCCAACAAAGCAGUCCGAGCCACGGCUGUCAUUAGGUACGUCUGUCGGGGGUUAUCUAUGUUGUGUUACUAAGUCAAAAGUUAUCACCCUACAAAUAUCUAUUACCUUGACUAUCAACGGAAGGGCUAGUACCAGGUAACAUCGGGAUUUCAAAAGCACCAACCAUACGCUCGUAUAGUUGUAUCAUCGACACAUGACGAAGACCACGCCAAUGUUGUGGCAACGACAAUCGUGAUGGACUCCUCAUUGAAGAAUAUUUCCAAGCUAUUGAUCGCCAACCGAGGUGAGAUAGCUGUGCGGUGUAUCAAUGCUGCCCGAUCCCUUGGAGUGGCCAGCGUCGCCAUCUAUACUAUCUCAGAUGCUACAUCGCUCCACGUAAAGCUUGCCGAUGAAGCCGUAUUGCUCGCUGGGGAUGGUAAAUCGGGCUAUUCGAACAUAGAUGACAUUCUACGAGUUUGCGCUGAAUGCUCUGCUGACGCUGUCAUCCCCGGUUAUGGAUUUUUAAGUGAAAAUGCCACUUUUGCGCAGAAAGUGCGUGAUGCGGGGUUGGUGUUCGUUGGCCCAACGCCACAGUCUAUCACAGAAAUGGGCUUGAAACAUCGGGCGAGGGAGAUAGCACGGACUGCGAAGGUACCCAUCAUCCCGGGAACAGGCUUGUUAAGCUCAGAAGGUGAAGCAUUGAAUGCAGCUGAUCGUUUGAGCUACCCGGUAAUGCUCAAGGCAACAGGUGGCGGCGGCGGGAUGGGCUUACAUAUAUGUCGUUCUCCAGACGAGAUACGCCGUGCUUUUCAAAUGGCCCAGGACAGUGGCAAGAAGCUGCUCAACAAUGCGGAUGUGUUUCUAGAAAAGUAUUAUCCCCGGAGUCAUCAUAUCGAAGUUCAGAUAUUUGGCAAUGGCAGCGAGAUCAUUCACUUCGGAGAACGAGAGUGCAGCAUUCAGAGACGGCAUCAGAAGGUCAUCGAAGAGUGCCCGAGCCCAUUUGUUGAAGCCCAUCCCGGUCUUCGACAGAAACUGACGACUUGCGCAUUGAGAUAUGCGUCAACACUAAAAUACAAAUCAGCUGGGACUGUCGAAUUUCUCGUCGACGACGACACUGCUGAUUUCUUCUUCCUGGAGAUGAACACAAGAUUGCAAGUUGAGCAUGGUAUCACAGAACUGUGUUAUGGUGUUGACAUCGUAGCGUUGAUGCUGCGCCAAGCUGAUCUCGAGAAGGGUGGGCUUUGUGGAUUGACAUCUGAUGAGCUAUGGGCACUGCAAAAGUCUGGGCCCUCGGGUUCUGCCAUCGAAGCUCGUAUCUAUGCAGAAGAUCCAUAUCGCGACUUUGCACCUAGUCCAGGUUUUUUCCAAGAAGUACGAUGGCCUUCAAUAGAGGAUACUAGGGUAGAUACUUGGAUACAGUCAGGGCAAAAUGUCAGUUCACACUACGAUCCUCUACUUGCUAAAGUUAUGGUGCAUGCACCGACAAGGCAGCAGGCCGUGGAUAAGAUGAGCCGCGUUUGUUCUUCUGCCGUUGUUUUGCGAGGCCCCAUCACCAACCUUGACUUUGUGGGAGCAAUAAUAAGGUCCAAUGCAUUUGCCCAGGGGCGGACAUUAACAACAUUCUUGGAUACUGACUUCUCUUACGUACCGUGUGGGAUUGACGUGAUCUCAGGUGGCACAUACUCGACCAUUCAGGACUUCCCGGCACGCCCGUCUAUCGGAUAUGGAGUCCCCAAAAGUGGACCCAUGGACAGCAUCUCUUCACGUAUUGCUAAUCUCCUUGUCGGAAAUCCUGUCGGUACUGAGGUUCUCGAAAUCACCUUAAUCGGUCCCGAAGUCGUAUUCACCUGUUCAGCUAUUGUCGCAGUUUGUGGCGCGGAUUGCUCAAUCUCUUUAGGAGAGGAAACAAGAAGACUGUGGUCAUCUUUCUUCGUUCAAGCAGGCCAAACACUUAAGAUUGGCUCCGCUACAAGCAAUGGAUGUCGGAUGUAUCUGGCAGUUCGAGGAGGCUUUCCUAACAUACCAUCCGUUUUCGGCUCAAAAUCGACUACACCGAGCUUAAGAUACGGCGGACUUCAGGGAAGGACCCUACGCACAGGAGAUUUCUUGUACCUACAGAGCCCAGACGUGACUAAUGUCUCACCAGAGGAAGGAUUUUCUCUGCCCCCUCACAUGAUUCCCAACAUGAGAAAUCAAGAGGUCUAUGCUCUUCAAGGCCCGCAUGACUCAGAAGAUAUUAUGACUGAAGACGACAGGGUAAAGCUUUAUAACACAGCGUGGAAAGUUGGUCACAACUCUAGCAGGACUGGUAUCCGAUUGUUGGGCCCAAAACUAGACUGGGCUCGAAGAGGUGGAGGUGAAGCGGGCUCGCAUCCGUCAAACUACCUGGACUAUGGAUAUCCUUCCCCUGGUGGAAUGAACUGGGGGGGAGAUUCGUCUUGCAUAUUCACGGCAGACAGCCCCAAUUUUGGAGGGCUGAUUUGUUCAUCAACCGUGAUUUCUGCAGACCUGUGGAAGCUUGGACAGCUCAAGCCUGGCGACACUUUUAGGCUGACACCCGUAUCUCUGAAAGAUGCCGUCAAUCAGAUCGGCCUAGUGGAUGAGUACCUAUCGGCCAUUGAACAUGUCAUCAAGGGGAAACAGCUUACUGCGGGCAAGUUUCCAGACAAAAUUGCUCGCACUGAUAUCGGACCGAGGUCUUCUGUACUAAAAUCAGUGGUGCCAUCGGAUCAGCCUGCAUUGCGACCACGCGUGACUUAUCGACAAGGCGGAGACAAAUUCUUGUUGAUAGAAAUGGGUGAACAAUCAGCCAAUGUAAGUAUCAUUGCUCGACUCAAGGUCCUGAUGGAGAAGUUGCAGUCUCAAAUCAAGGCGAAAUUGCUCUUUACCCCCCACAUAUCAUCACUGAUGAUUGAAUACGAUCCUCUUGAGAUAUCUCAAGCCGACCUCUUGAACCAGAUUGAUGCAAUUGAGGCACAAAUCACAGAUACACUGGAGAUGAUUAUACCAUGUCGCGAGAUCCGGCUUCCUUUGGUGAUGGACCACCCGGAUAUAGAGAUGUGUAUCCAACGCUACAUUGAAACAGUUAGGAGCAAGGCUGUUUAUCUACCUGAUAACCUGGAGUACAUUAGGCGGUGCAACGGCCUCUCUUCUCGUCGGGAGGUAUUUGACAUGAUACUGCAAGCGGAAUAUAUGGUCCCAGCGGUGGGCUUCUUGUGCGGGACGCCCAUGUUUUAUCCUCUCAGCCCCAAGGUCAUGACCUGCCAGAAGUAUAAUCCCACUAGAACAAAUACACCCGGUGGCACGAUUGGCUUUGGUGGUUCGCUUCUGGCUGGCUAUUCUAUUGAACAACCUGGAGGUUACAUGAUGGCAGCGAGAAGUUUGGAGAUGUGGGAUGUUUUCGGUACCAAGCCUGGAUUCACGCCCGAACGGCCAUGGCUCUUGAAUCCUUUCGACAAGAUCAAGUUCUACGAAGUCAGCAUUGAAGAAUACGAUCUCCUUGCUCGAGACUACUUCGCUGGAAGACACGAUUGGCAGAUUACAGAGUCAACAUUCGAUGUCCGCAAGACUUACGAGAGUUUCCUCGAGGCUCAAAAUGAUCCAGAUGUCGUAGAUUUCAAGAGAAGACAAUCCCAAGCGCUAGAGGAGCAAGAGAAGAUCGAGGCGGUUCUCUACUCGGAAUGGACUGCGGCUAAUGCAGCGGCUGAAAAGGUCGCGAACCUAGUGAUUGAAGAAGGAAGCAAUGUUCCUAUCUCGUCGCCGAUGGCCGCAAACGUGUGGAAGAUGGAAGUUCAAGUUGGAGAUACCAUUCUGCCUGGGCAAGUGGUUGCAGUUCUAGAAGCCAUGAAGAUGGAGAUCAACGUCAUUGCCCCGAAAGAAGCGCGAGGUCAAGUUCAUGCAAUUUUGAAAGGAGCGGGAAGCGUCGUGGACGCAGGCGAUAUUCUUGUUCUAAUAAAGGAGUCAGCGUGAGAUAUUGACGAGUCGGAAUCCUGGGUAUUCAGUAGUGGCAAUAGCGCCACUUUGGGUCAAUUUGCUUCUGUAGGUGUGCAGCUGAUUAGAUCGAGUAGGUAUAUAUAUACAUAUAUAUAUAUAGCAACCCAAUGAAUGAAUUAGAAAUUGCUAUGUGGGACUUGCAAAAAUCUGAUCGGGGUGAAAAUGAUUGAUUGCUAAAUAAAAAAAUGUCGACACCUCCGAGAUUCGAACUCGGGCUCCCGAAGGAACAGGAUUAGCAGUCCUGCGCGUUAACCACUCCGCCAAAGUGCCCUGUAAUGGGCCGAUUCC